GCGGGCGAGCAGAUGCGGCUGGAGGCGCGCGGGAGCCGGGCGCGAGCAGGGCGCAGCCGCGAGGGAGGCGCGGGGGAGGCCAGCGGGAGCCAGAGCACCAGCAGCAGCCAGUGUCGGUAAAGAGCAGCCGGGCGCAGCCAGAGCCACAGUCGCGAUGGCCGUGGCUGUGGGGAGACCGAGUGUUUCAAGGAAACUAUUCAUAGAGUGGACAUCUGUUCUCUGUCCCAUUGACUUCAAACCUGCAGCUGCCACCGCACAGAAUGAAGAGCUGCGAAAUUUGUCACUUUCUGGCCAUGUUGGAUUUGACAGUCUGCCCGACCAGCUGGUCAACAAAUCCACUUCUCAAGGAUUCUGUUUCAACAUCCUGUGCGUGGGCGAGACAGGUAUUGGCAAGUCCACGUUGAUGGACACUUUAUUCAACACCAAAUUUGAAAGUGACCCAGCUACUCACAACGAGCCGGGCGUCCGGUUAAAAGCCAGGAGUUACGAACUUCAGGAGAGCAACGUGCGGCUGAAGCUAACUAUUGUUGACACGGUGGGAUUCGGAGACCAGAUUAACAAAGAUGACAGCUACAAGCCUAUAGUGGAAUACAUUGACGCCCAGUUCGAGGCCUACUUGCAAGAGGAACUGAAGAUUAAGCGCUCUCUCUUCAACUACCAUGACACGAGGAUUCACGCCUGCCUUUACUUCAUUGCCCCCACGGGACAUUCACUGAAGUCCCUGGACCUGGUCACCAUGAAGAAGCUGGACAGCAAGGUGAACAUCAUUCCGAUCAUUGCGAAAGCCGACACCAUUGCCAAGAACGAAUUGCACAAAUUCAAGAGUAAGAUAAUGAGUGAACUAGUUAGCAACGGAGUCCAGAUCUAUCAGUUCCCCACAGAUGAGGAAACGGUGGCUGAGAUCAAUGCAACGAUGAGCGUCCACCUCCCAUUCGCAGUGGUUGGCAGUACCGAAGAGGUGAAGAUUGGAAACAAGAUGGCGAAGGCCAGACAGUACCCUUGGGGCGUGGUGCAGGUUGAGAAUGAAAACCACUGUGACUUUGUGAAGCUGAGGGAGAUGCUGAUCCGAGUAAACAUGGAGGACCUGCGAGAGCAGACACACACUCGCCACUAUGAGUUGUAUCGGCGCUGUAAGCUUGAGGAGAUGGGCUUCAAAGACACCGACCCCGACAGCAAGCCCUUCAGUCUUCAGGAGACAUACGAAGCAAAGAGGAAUGAGUUCCUGGGAGAGCUGCAGAAGAAAGAGGAGGAGAUGAGACAGAUGUUUGUCAUGAGGGUGAAGGAGAAAGAGGCGGAGCUCAAGGAGGCGGAGAAAGAGCUUCAUGAGAAGUUUGACCUCCUGAAGCGGACUCACCAAGAGGAGAAGAAAAAGGUGGAAGACAAGAAGAAGGAGCUUGAGGAGGAGGUGAGCAACUUCCAGAAGAAGAAGGCGGCGGCUCAGCUCUUACAAUCCCAGGCCCAGCAGUCUGGGGCCCAGCAAACCAAGAAGGACAAAGAUAAGAAAAAUGCAAGCUUCGCAUAAGGCCUGGCAAGCCAAGGACGCUCCCGCAUUCACCUGCUUUGGCAGUAGUAGCGUACCUCUGUCAUCUGUGUCCUGUUUGAUUUGUUGUUUCAGCCUUUCCCCAAAUACCAGUAACUUAGCUCGUUUUACUGAAUGUUGUCAGGUGGUGGAAAGCCAUAGUACAAGGGGAUGAUCCCAGCAAGUGUGCAGCUGGACUUUGUUUCUGGAAAGUUGACUUGCCUUGUAUGCCUGUUCCACGUGGCGGCCGGAAGCAUGUCUGUCCGUUGUAUGUCGCUUUGAACCAAGGAAAGCGGGGUAAAAUAACUACCUGUUCGUCUGGCGGGAAAACUCACCGCCUCAGCAGCUGAGCUAAAACCCCGAGUAGCCAUGACAACUUGCAUUUUCUUAAUUGUACGGCUCAUGCUUGCGCGGCCCCAGAGUUCACUCUCUUCUUCAUACUCGCCACAAACUGGAGGUGUGCUUGAAAGUAGGCAGAAACGGGCGAGGCAUCUAAGAUAGCUUUUCCCCAUGUAUGGCUUUCUCAUUCCAUUGUUUGCUUAUUUGGCCCAAGCCUGUGAUCUGGUUAGACCGUCGUAGGAAUGGAGCCUGCAUCUGCAUACCUACCUUCAAAGCCAGGCCAAAGCUACGGACUGGCAUAAGAAACAUGGUUACAUUCACCCCCCACCAGGGUGCCCCUGAUGCUCUCAGGGUCCAGAUCUCAAAGAACACCUCAUCCGGUAAUGCUUAGCUAAAGAAUCUUCUAUUAAUGAGGUUGGCUUCCCACUUCCAAUGAGGGUAUGCUGUCCACCCCUUCCCUGUCUAGCCCGAGCGCGCACGCGCACGCGCACACAGACACACACACACACACACACACACACACAUUUGCUUUACGCAGGCUGAGGGGAAACCUGGAGGCUGAUUCUAGGAUGUGGCUACUUCUAAUCGAAGUUUUCGUGAGUCACCAUGAGAAAACUUUCUAUACAUUGUUCUGCCGGUAGCACCAGUCUGACAGGACCUUCUCGUUUAAGGUAGCAGGGGAGUGAACGGACAGUGCAAGCAGAGAUAGCCUUGGCUGGUCGCCAGUCCCUGGUCCAGUUCCUUGCCGUGUUGAAACUCAGUUGCCUCUAAGGAGUUUUCCUUCCUGUCCCCUCACUGUGACCAGUUCCACCCACUCUGACUAUUGGGUCCAUCGGUUAUCUCACCUCAUCCCCAUGAGGAUUAACUCAGGAGCUAGGACGCGUCCUGCUUGCCUGUUGUGUCAAAACUGAGAAGGGCACAUUGUUUGUCCUGUCCUCUUUUCUCUGACGCUCCUCCUGUCACCCGCUUGGCCACCCCCUUCUAACCAGACCUUGGCUCUACCCUCUCGUUUCUCAUGAACCCAGGCCUUUGCCUCUGCAUUUCCCUCUCACCAGUUACACGUGAACGGGACAAUACAGGCUGUCCCUCUGUCACACUUAAAAAAAAACAUUGCCCAGUCAGCCUCUAUUGAUCCCAGCCAAGUUUUUCUGUCAUCUGUUACUUCAUCUUCCCAUCAUAAGAAGGAAGCUUUUAAACUGAAUUAGGCUUCGUUAGACAAAUAAGGACAUUGGCUUCACUGGGGUGUAGACCAGGCUGGAGAGCAGCCUCAGCCAUCGUCACUGGUGCAGGGAGGAGCAGGAACGCAGACACUGGCUUUGCUUCCGUUUUUCUAGCUAGCUGUGGGGCAGCAGGUACUAAUGGCAUGCUGAUUAACCGUGGCUGCGUUUGCUUCUUGACCGGGCACCACACAGGAGCUUGAGCUUUGGUGCCAUCUGCUUGUUCCAGCCACUGCUUGUGUGAUUUUGUGUGUGCCUUGUAAUAGAAAACACCCCCAUGCAUUUGAUUUCUCACAUCCAUAAAGCUUUUAAAGAUACUCAGAAAAAAAACAAAAACAAAAAAAACCAAGAAAACCCAAACAACUGCCUUUUUUGAUGCCAAAAUUAUUGAAAUUUUUUUGCAUCAAGUGUUUUUCUCAGUAAAAUAAAUCCUAUGGAGAGUCAGGGAAUAAAAAGUUAAGGGAAUCCUAAAGAAGCUUCAAAAAAAAAAUUGCUUCUGAACCUUUCCCUCCACUGCUUCAAGCCUCUGGGAGCUGGUUACUGCUGCUCUUUUCUUUCCGUAUCUAUACCUUUCUUCACAGUAGUCCCUGGCUCUGCACGGAAUAAACGAUACUCUCAAAUCUAACUGGACGUGCUUUCGCCUUUGCAUGUAAGUACAGGAGUAAGAACUCAGAUCUUUGUUUCAGAUUAGGGAAAACAAAUGGGGCAGAUGAAGUUUUCUUUUAGAAGGUGUGCUGGAUCGUCUGAGUAGUCAUUUUUUCCUUUUAAAGCUAAAUACAUCUAUCCUGGCCACAUUUAUAUUUUGCCCCCACAAUUUACGCUUCCUCUUGAUCUCAGAGGAAGUAGGGGACUGAUUACUGAUGGCAGCUAUUGUUGUGUAAUAGUGUCCUGGAGGUCUUGUAGAGGGCCUUGGAUUGUGACAGUGGCAAAACGCUGGUGAAAGAUUCCCACCGUCCACAGGACAGAAGUCCUGAAAAUGUCGCUGCCGGGCUAGGCCGCCUUUCUGAUCUGACAUUCUGCAUCUCGGUUUAACGGCCUCUCCUUUAUGCCCAGUGCACAACAGCCACUUUUAUUUUUUUGUCGGACAUCUUUGGCCUCUCUGCAUCCCAAGCACAGGGAGCAUCUUCUGCUCCUUUGGACUGUGGUCCCCUGGAAUUGUCAUCCAUGCUGUGGGGAUGGCCGAAUGGUCAGCAGUUCAGGACUGGUUUCCCAGCUUGGGCUCUGUAUGGACCUCUCCAAAAGGGUCUCUCUCAGCCAGGGGAACUCUUCCACCUGGUGUUGGGUGUGCCUUUCUUGUUUUCCUCCUCCUCUACUUUGCAACUCACCAGCAACAGUUCUUGCUUCUCUCCAUCCUGUGCACCUCUAAUGGAUAGACUUGGCUGUCUCACUUUCCUGCCAUACCCCUAAGUGUUCUGCAGAGUUGGUGUUCACGUCUCCCCACCCACAUCGUACUGUCUCUCUGUGGUCCUACCAGAACUGUCCAUUUGAAUCCCUCGGCUUUGCCAUUCACAAGUGUCUGGAGUUGUCAGGUUCCAAAAGUCCUAGUUCUAUUGACAGGACAUUUCUUAUGGAAUCGUUAGCUGAAUCAUGACCCGCAGUCUAGUUUGUAUGUAGGUAUGAAGGGAAUUUUAAAAAAUAAAUUGAAAUUUAAGCUGUGAACAGCAUUAGAGCUUUGUCUAUUUCUUGGUUUUAAAAUAUGCUGAUAAUGCCUUAAACUGUAGCUGUAGAAUUGUCAUUUUUUUUUUUGCUGUUUCAAGAUAACCAAUGUUUUCUAAACUGUUGUGUAAUCUUUCAGUGUUAAUGCAGAUUGUCAUGUAUGUAAGCUGCAUGCUAGACACUCAGUCUUUUUUUUUAUGAACUAAAAUAAUUGUAUUGAUGUGACACAUAUUGUUCCGACAAGUAUGAAAGCGCUGGCCCAGCGACCUGCCGAGUAACUUGGUGUCUGGUAAUGUAGUGUGGUGCCAGGCGGCCUAUGCAUAUAUCACUAGUGCCAAGACUUAAAGUGGGGAAAUAUAUUUUUACCCAACCGUU